ACCUAAUUAUUGUUCAUUCGCGGAGGUGCUGUCCGCCCCCAUACGGUCUUCCACAUAUUUUCUGUUUUCUUCUACUUUGGAUUCCAUAAACAGUGCGAUCCCGUCUCCCUCCCACGAUCCUGCUCUAGUGAUGGUGAAACAGGGCUCCAGCCGUUGGUUGCCGGCCGUGCCGUCCAUUAUCUUUCUGCGUGGUGACUCCUUGCUCUUUCUCCUUGCCAUUGUCUCCGUCGUCUCCCUCGUUACCAACGAGCUCUCUCGCAGCUAUGUCAUCGCUGCCGACUUCGAGGGGUUCGAUACCGACGAAUUCGAAUACGAAGAAGACGCCAACGAUGCCAUCCACGCCCAGUCCAUAAACCCAUCCCCUCCUGCCGCCACCUCCCUCACCCAAUCCUCCACCGCCGAAUCCCACCACGAGCCCCCGCAACCAUCAAUUAUCGAAGAUCCCCCCGCCUACGGCGUCGAACAUGGCGGAAAAACCUAUGCGCCUUCUACUCUAGAGUUCUGGGACGAGGAAGAGUUCGAGGGUAUUCCCUUUCAAAUCGCCGAUCCAAGCCCUGAUUCGCCGGCUGCGCCAUUGGAGCCGCCCGCAUCUGCCGAAGCUGUUGCUGGAUACCCUGUUCCAAUCCCUCGUCAGCCCUUUUCCCUGAGCUCGUACGCGAUUGAAAUAGUGUGUAUUAGUUUUCUCAUCGCCUUCGCUAUCAAUUUUUUAAUCGGAAAACGACAGAACGAGUUGGUCGCGCUUUGUUGGGCUUCUCACUUUGCCACCAAAGAUUCGAUAUUUGAUAAGAAUUUUAGUCUAUUGGGGACUGGAGACGGCAAGGAGGACGCUCCCCUGCUGCUCAAGGAGGGGCAGGACGUAUUCAAGUUCUAUGCCAGCGGGCGGAGGUUCUGUCAGGGUCUGCUUGCUACCAUGGAGCUUCGGAGCCGGCAUGAUUUGAUUGCAAGGUUGACAAAUCUGCUGUUCAACAAGAAGGAUACAAUCACAUUUGAGGUUGUGAUGAGCGAGGACGCCAUGGACCAUGUUGUCCUCGCGGUUGCAAGAAAGAAAUUGGCGAAGUCAAUGCACAAGGAGUGCAGGGAUCUCCAAAGGUUUGCCACAGUGAUGUCAACGGCUCCUUCCGGGAGAAGGUGGGUUGCUGAGGAUUUGUUGGUGGUCACAGAGUCGAAAGAGAUUGCAGGUGAUUUGAUAACAGAUGUUGUUAUUGAUCAGGUAUUUGGUGAGAAGGCAUUUGAGAAGAUUGGGAAGGGUUUCAUUUCAUUGCACUUCUCCGAUCAACACCCAGGCACUCAUAAGAAGCUUCUAGUUCUCAAAUUCGUACUUCCAGGUGCAAAUAACAUGAGUGACAUGACAAGAUUGGUUAACCUUGUACCUUACUACAUUGAUUUAAUUGGACGUUACAAGCCAAGUGCUCAGGCCCGUGCAAAAACUGAAGCUGCCAGAGCAAAAGCGGCACAAGAGGCAUUUAAAGAAAUGCAAGGUGUGAGGCAAGAAACACUGCAGAAAAAGAAAGCUGAAAAGAAGAAAAUUGUUGAGGAGGCUGAAGCCAAGCUGAGUGCUGAGGCCAUUCGCAAGAAGGAAGAGAAAGAACGCUCCAGGCAAAUGAAGAAGCUAAUGCCCAAGGUUAAGAUGCUUCGAUCCCAUUAGGAAUAAACUAAUCUAUUUACCCUCAACUCAUCACGUGAAUGCAGAGCCUCUUUCCUUGCAUUUAUAAGGCUUUAAGUUAGUGUUUAGCCCUUCAGGAAAGCAUCUGAUGCUUUCUGGUUAGUGAAGGCUUUAAGCUGUGUACGAUGGUAAGUAAACUUAAAUUCAGCAUUGCACAUGAUUUUAGCAUCAUAAUCACUUGAGUUGUACUAUGGGCAUUAUGAAUUCAUCCGUUCAUGAUUUGCUGCGAUGGUACUCAAAAUAGGUAACUAUUUUUUCCAUACUAUGCAGCGAUGUUUACCUGUAUUCAGGGUACAUUAAUCAUGAUACGCUAAUUUUUGAGCGAGCUUCUUAGUUGACACCAGAUGUUUUUA